AUGAGCGUUCCAACUCAACGGUCGGGCAUUCAGUUUGCUUCCGAAGGCGACCACCUUCUGGCAGUUCCGCCGCCGCUAGGACCUGACGCUUUGCGCAUCUCCAUUCUGGUGCGGCUCGAUCAAUACCGCGCGCUGCAUCUCGCUGGCCUGGCUGCCAGCGGUGCCCUGGACGCCUCUAAUCCCGCCCACCAGCGCUCAGUCCAGUUUCGCAUGGUCCAGGGCGCCUUGUCCCGAGAGAUCCAGGAGCUCUCGCGCCUGGCCGCGCAGCUGCAAGCCCGGCUGCUCGCCCGGCGACCAAGGGUGUGGCUCAUUCACGCUUCGCUAGCCGUGGCAAGCCACGCCCUGCUGGCCAGGCUGGUUCCCCUACUCCUGUCGCCUCAGCAGAGCUUGGGGCGGUUCCGGCUGCAGGCAAACAACGUUCGUCAGCCGCUUGUGCUGGGGAUAUCGAACAUCUUCUGCUACCUGCUCCAGUGGUCUGGAUAUCCCAUCGCUGUCUAUAACAUCUUUGCGUCGGAGAAGAGUAUUGCCGAGACGGCCAGAUUUCGCCAGCGCCUUGGAGCGUUGGAGACGGCUGUUCAACAGGGCGUGAAUGUGGAGGCCCCAUUCUGUUUGUCCGAGACAUCCUGGGAGGGUAUUCCCUGGGAUGUAUUGAGGGCCUGA